AUGCAGGCGUCAGGAGUUUCUUUGUCUCACGCGCCCCCCGCGCUCAGGCUUGCAAUGGAAAAUCUGCAGUUUCAUGCAGCCUCGUCGAAACACGGGGCUGCGAUUGGCUCAGGGCAGGCUGGAAUUAGAAUAGGCAUGCAGUCGGCAAUGCAGGAACGUGCCAUCAAGAGGGAAAAUAUGUAUCACACGGUAUGCCUGCCGGACGGGGCGGUAGGCAAGUUCCAUACCGGCCUUUUCCCCGUUCACGCCCAAGGACCGUGCAGGACACGAGGCGAGAAGAGGAUCGCGGUGAAGGGUGAAGGAAGGAUGCUGGCGGCGAGUUGCAGGGUGCUGCACGUGGCCAAUCAGGGCGCGGUGGGCUGGUUGCGACUGCCUCCUCUCGACAGCAGCUGCCCGACUUGGCGGGGCAGUCGUCAUCGGGUGGGCAAAUUCAGAGAGGACAGACGCGCAACUCAGGUUGAGGCUGAGCUGUUAGGCACCAGCCAUACCACAUCCCGCACCGGCCAUAUCAACACCAGCACCAGCACCAGCAGCACCAACAGUCACAGUCACAGUCACAGUCACAGUCACAGUCACAGUCACAGUCACAGUCACAGCCUCAGCGGCGACUUCACUCCCCUUGCCUGGUACACCCAAAUCGCCCGCUCUUUUACUCUGCUGCACUCGGCAGACCACGUUGCGAAGAUGAAUGUAAUCAAGCUGCAAAAAAAGUACCCUCAAUUCCAGCAGGCCGAGAUCUUUGGCCUGCAAGACGCCUUCCGCAAGCUCGAUGUCGACGACAAGGGCUAUCUGGACGAGAGUACCGUCAUCAAGGCCGCUCAGCAGUCGGAGCAUCAGCCGUACGAUGUCGUGCGACAGGCCCUGAAGGAAGUCGAGCUCGAUAGCUCACGGCGCGUCGAGCUGGACGACUAUGUGGAUGCAAAGGGAAACUGGAAGCUGACACAGCCGCAGCUCAUCUCCAAAUUGCGCGACUCCUCACCCGCCCAGCAGCGCAUGUCCACCGGUCCAACCCGUCCACGCGCUGGCACCGGCCCCAGAGGCAGUGUCCCCUCGAACCCUGGGCACGCUUCCAAGGGCAGCAUUGGCGGCGGUGGAGGCGGAGGUCGUAUCCAGGUCCAAGGCUCUUCAGCAAACGUCACCCACACCAUCAACGAGGACGAGCGCACCGAGUUCACCCGCCACAUCAAUGCCGUUCUCGCCGGCGACCCGGAUAUUGGCGACCGCCUACCCUUCCCAACGGAUACGUUUGAAAUGUUCGAUGCCUGCAAGGAUGGCCUGGUGCUGUCCAAGCUCAUCAACGACAGCGUGCCGGAUACCAUUGACGAGCGUGUGCUGAACAAGCCGGGCAAGAAGAUCAAGUCGCUCAACAACUUCCACUUCACCGAGAAUAACAACAUUGUCAUCGAGUCCGCCAAGGGUAUUGGAUGUUCCGUCGUCAACAUUGGCAGUGGAGACAUUAUCGAGGUCCGCGAGCAUUUGAUUCUGGGUCUGAUAUGGCAGAUUAUCCGGAGAGGUCUGCUUGGCAAGAUUGACAUCAAGCUGCAUCCUGAGCUGUACAGACUGCUGGAAGACGAUGAGACUCUCGAGCAGUUCCUGCGUCUGCCCCCGGAGCAGAUUCUUCUGAGGUGGUUCAACUACCACUUGAAGAACGCCAAGUGGAACAGAACCGUCACCAACUUCUCCACCGAUGUCAAAGAUGGCGAGAACUAUACUGUCUUGCUCAGCCAACUAGCACCCGAAAUCUGCUCACGCUCUCCACUACAGCAGACCGACCUGCUCCAGCGCGCCGAAAGUGUCCUUCAAAACGCCGAUGCCCUUGGCUGCCGCAAGUUCCUGACACCGAGCUCCCUCGUAGCGGGAAACCCCAAGCUUAACCUCGCCUUUGUCGCCAACCUGUUCAAUACGCACCCCUGCCUCGACCCGAUUACCGAAGAAGAAAAGGCGGAGAUUGACGAUUUCGACGCGACAGGCGAACGCGAAGCCCGUGUCUUUACCCUGUGGCUUAAUUCUCUUGACGUGAAACCGGUGGUUCAAUCGUUUUACGAAGACCUCAAGGACGGCACCGUCAUUCUGCAGGCCUACGACAAGGUGAUUCCCGGCAGCGUAAACUGGAGACAUGUCAACAAGCCCCGCGAAGGCCAGGAGCUCAUGCGCUUCAAGGCGCUCGAGAACACGAAUUACGCGGUGGAACUAGGCAAACAGGUGCAGUUUAGUCUGCCCGGUAUCCAGGGCGCGGACAUUACAGACGGCCAGCGCACGCUCACCCUCGGCCUCGUGUGGCAACUGAUGCGCAAGGACAUUGUCUCGACGCUCAACGGGCUGGCCCAACGGCUAGGCAAGCAGGAAAUCGCCGACGCGGAUAUGAUCAAAUGGGCCAACGACAUGGCCCGCAAGGCGGGCAAAUCCUCCCAAGUCCGCUCCUUCAAGGACUCGUCCCUCGCCAAUGCCGUCUUCCUGCUCGAUGUCCUGGCCGGCAUGAAGCCGGCGUACGUCGACUACGAUCUCGUGGCGCCCGGCCGCAACGACGAGGAAUGCUAUCAGAAUGCGAAGCUGGCGAUUAGCAUUGCGCGCAAGAUGGGGGCGACGAUUUGGCUGGUGCCAGAGGAUAUUGUGGCGGUGCAGAGUCGGUUGAUUACGACGUUUAUUGGCAGUCUGAUGAGUACGGCGGAGAAGAUGGGGGCGCAGUGA